AUGAAUCACAAUACUGCUGCUGUUCUUCCCCGUUUGCCAGUCCCGGAUCUACAGAAGACUGUCACGAAAUAUCUUGAUUCUCUACGUCCCUUUCUUCUUGAGGACGCUGCUCAUGGAGGACCUUCAUAUGAGGACGCGUUUGCGCUGCGGACAAAAUGGGCAGACGAUUUUGUCUAUGGAAUUGGAAGAGUAUGUCAGGAACGUUUACAUGAGCUCGAUAGAGCCUCCCCAGACAAUUGGCUGGACGACAAUUUUUGGUUAAAGAGCUACUUACAAUGGAGAGCGCCUCUUCUCAUAAAUUCCAAUUGGUGGCUUGUAUUCAACGACGACCCGUUACAUCCCUCGGAGGAACAUUUAGUCUCAGGUUUUACCGAAUGGCAGCUUCAAAGAGCCGCUUGGCUUGUCCAUCGGACGUUGGAGUUCAAAGAUAAAGUUGAAUUGCAAGAAUUGCAUCCUGUGACUACAAGAACAGGCGUUUGGAUUCAAGAAAGCGUAUCUAAAAUGUUCAACCUUGCCCGAAUUCCUCAACGCUACUGCGACAUCUUAUCUCAAAUAUCCUCCCCCUCCGAUCCCUUGUCAUGUAACAUUGUUGUGAUGGUGAACAACUGGUUCUAUGCAGUACGGGUUUAUGACCCGGGACCCGAUAAUUCGAGGAUACUCAUCCCCGCUGAAACAUUGCUUGCACGCUUAAAUGUCGUCGUCCAUGAUGCGGCCACUCGCGCAGAGUGCGCGCCCGAGAUCGGAGUACUUUCUGCUGAUGACAGGGAUUCGUGGGCUUCAAUCCUCCAACAUCUUCUAUCCAUUUCUCCACAAAAUGUCGAAACACACGAAGCGGUUGUAAAUUCCCUCAUGUGUCUCUGCCUCGAUAGAGAGAAUCAUUCAAUUGUUUUGCCGUCUUCUUCCUCUUCGCUUCCCCAACCUUCAAGCAUCUCUCAAGCCAGUCUCGACUCCCACCUGCAUGCCAUCCGUUCCGUCCCUUCAAACGUCUCCAAUCGUUUCUUUGACAAACCUUACUCCAUCAUCGUUGACCCUUCGGGUCGAGCUGGUGCAAUGGGGGAACACUCACCUGCUGAUGCCUUAGUCCCAAGCAUUGUGGGCGAGUACGCCGUGGUUCAGCAUGUAGAGAUGACCCAGUCGUUCGCAUCUGCAGAGCAUUCUGCAACUAAUGGGAGCUGGAGUCGACUGGAAUGGGUGGUAGAUGACGAAUCACUGGAAGCCAUACGCGCGGCGCGCGCACGGGCAGAAGCUAAUAUCAAGAACUCAGAUGAUAGUUUGUUAUGGUUUGAAGAAUAUGGUUCUGACUGGAUCAAGAGUGUUGGAUUCAGCGCUGACGCGUACAUUCAGAUGGCUAUACAAAUCGCCUGGUACCGCACGACAGGAGAGUUCACUGCGACCUACGAAACUGCUCUAACGAGAAUGUUCAACAAAGGUCGUACCGAGACGAUUAGAACACUAUCCGUGGAAAGCCGAGCUUUUGUCCUCGCUAUGACCGAUAACGAUCAUUCCAUUUCGAGCGAAACAAAAUGGGAUCUACUCCGACGCGCCGUUCAGAAGCACACUUCUCUUACACGCGAUGCCGCUACUGGGCGGGGAAUCGACCGACAUCUUCUGGGUCUACGGAAUAUGCUUCGACAAGGAGAGCGAAGCGAACUCUUCGAUGAUUUGCUUUUUGCGAGAAGUCAGGAAUGGCGUCUGAGUACGAGUGGUCUGAGCGCUGGUCAUCAUUUCCGCGGGACAGGAUUUGGGACAGUAUAUGAGAAUGGUUAUGGUAUCAACUAUCUUGCUGCACCUUCCAUGGUGAAGUUUGGUAUUGAGACAAAAUUUUCUGGGGGGAAUACUUCUACAGAAGUAUUCAAGGAUGCUGUUUAUUGUGCUUUGAGACAGAUGAGGGAAGUUAUUUUACAAGUCCCACAUAACAAAAGUACUAUCACCCAUGAGCAGCUAAUAAUUAGUAGACUUUGA